AUGCAGCCAAACGCUUCGAUACAAUCCACCUCUUCUAUUUCGGAGCAAGCCUCUAUGAACCAAGAAGGAAACUCGAAAUCGUCACGAAAACUCAAGCCUAGACCUAAAAAGUAUCCAUGUCCUAUGGAUAACUGUGAAAAGGCAUAUUCUCGUCCUUGUCUUCUAGAACAACACAUAAGAUCGCACAAGGAUGAGCGUCCAUACUUGUGUACUGUUCCUGGAUGUGAAAAGGCUUUUCUCCGGGAUUCCCAUCUUAAAACCCAUCUUCUUUCUCAUUCAGUAGAAAAGCCACUCUACUGCUCAUAUUGUGGCAAGGGAUUUAAUACAAAUCAACAUUUGAAUAGACAUGAAAGAACACAUGUUCCUUCUGUUCGCUGUACAUAUCAAGGCUGCGAGAUGGCGUUUCGAAGAGCGUCCCAACUGAGAAAGCAUGUAUCUGACUGCCAUACUUUUCGCAAAGAGCAUCAGUGUCCUUUUUGCUCGCGACAGUUUGAUCUCCAGGCUCGUCUUGAAUCUCAUGUUAAAAAAAGUCACGCAAAUGCAGCAAUGCCUUCUUAUCAUUGUGGAGAGGAUGGGUGUAUCGAAUCAUUUCCAAAUUGGCAAGGUCUUCAGGAACAUGUGAAAGUUUCUCACAAAAGUAUUUCUUGUUAUUGUGGACAAAAGUUUUCAUCAGAGUCUCAGUUGGCAGAUCAUACGAAGACCUAUCAUUCUGGUUCUGGAUCUAAUGCUCAGCAAUCUUCAAACUUUUUUCAAGAUCAUUAUACACAAGAAUGGCACUGUCGGGAAGAUCAAUGUGCUUCAGCUACUAAUUAUGUGUUCCGUGAUAGAGAUUCGUUAAUUUAUCACUACCAACAAUUUCAUGGAUUUGUUCCAGAUAGUUUACAAGUACAAGUUCUUACCCCAGCUUCUUCUAUGGAAGGAUUACCACCCCUUUCUUCUCUUAGCGGACAUGAUCAAUUAACGCAAAAUCAUCAAUCUGUUCCCUACUCUAAUUUUCAAUCUUAUCAUCCUCAACAAACUCAAAGUUCAAUUGGACGAAGGGAUCCAUUAACUGGUACUUCUGGCCUUAUUGAGCGAAUCACCGGUUCUGGUUAUGAUGUUCAUCGCAGAAUCAUGUGUCCUAUUCCAGAUUGUCAUUAUCGGUUUGCUCGUGAAUAUGAUUUGAGACGCCACGUUAAAGCAAAACAUCCGCAUCUUAUUUCCGACGGUAAAAUGAUUGUGGAUUAUAAAGUUGUUCCUGAAUCAUCUAUUAUUUAUCAUAAUAAGCCUGAAACCCCAGCUAAAUUUAGGCCGAACAUUACUUUGACUUCUCAUACCCCUCACUCAGAACUGUCUCCUAGUUCAAAUUCUUCUUCACCAGCCUCAUUUUCUACAAAUAUAAAACCGGAUCCUAUGGACGAAACCUUAGAAAAUCAAACAAUUUUACCACCAUUGCCAGCCUUUACUUCUCCUAUUGGAAACUCCAGCAACUCAGCAAAUUCUCAACAAGUUUCUAGUGGGACUUUACAGGGAUCUUCUAUUCUUCAACGGCACUCUCAAACUAGUACCCACUCACACCAAUCUGAAACAUCUAAUUCUACUAGUUCAAAUAGCUUGGAAAAUGGAAUUCAUUCCCAACAUAAUGCUUUGGAUACUUUUCUCACUCAUUCAGAUAUUUUGAGCAACACCUCUAAUCACAUCCAGCUCAAUAUUUCGAGUGAUAUAUUAAAUGAUAGUCAUCAUUAUUCAAACGGUAAAAAUGGCCAAUUGUAUCAGAACAAUAAUUCUCAUCACGCUCAAGGAAUGCAUUCUCAAUACAACGCCCAACCAAUGCAACAGUCUCAGUCUUUACCGGUUCCUAUGACGCAGUCAUCAUCUAGUUCUAGAGCGAGUAAUAGUGUAAACUCGCCCAUUUCUGGAUCUAGUCAUUCCCAGCCAUCUUCUUUGCAACCUUCAAGAUCACAUACUCCAAUUUAUCCUCAGUCUUCUCAGAUUUAUAAUUCUGCAAAUUCCGGAACAAGUAGUUUAUCGACAACUCCAUCUGGUGGAAGUCCUUACCAGUCACACAAUUCUGGCCAUAAUUCACCUCAGUCCUUACCUCAACCUUUAUCCCAAACUCAUCAUUUUCAGCAGCUGGAAAAUCGUAAUACUAGAAGUCAAGCGAAUUCUACCUUGGUUUCAAAUAAUUCACAAGAAAUCGAUCCUAUGAUUUUAAAUGGAUCUGUCUAA